UCUGAGCCAGAGAAUAAUGACGUAAUGGAUCCGGCUGGCGACAGGAAACGACAAUUCCCGUCAUGCAUUGCACUAGCGUGGCCGCUGCACGGGGGAAGGGAAACUGAGAUUGGAGCAAGAAACAAGCAGAAACUGAGAUUUUAAUGCAUAUGAGAAAAAAAUUGCUGGCCGGAAGAAGACCAUCCAUGAUCUGCAUCUGGACACCUGCCCUUUUUAUUGUUUCAGUUGAAGCUAAAGAUAACCCAGUCAAUUAAAGCGCGCUGCUAUCUUGGAGUGCUUAUCGGAUUUGUCUUGAGAGCCAACGUAAUGAAGUGUCUUCUAUGAGGAGAGCUCAAGCCUACAAAGCGAUGUCAUUAUCCAGCUUCUGGGCACCUCUGAUGGCGAUGAGAAGCAAAGCAACAGGCCAGGAAGAUCAGCGGAGGGGAGCAAGGAGGGAGGGCUCCGGGAAAUGUGCCAUUUCCUCUGGGCGCUAGACUGAUAUCUGCACAUUCCUCUCCGUGUGCGCACUCAAGGUUAGGAGAAUUUAGGAGGAGGCUGCCACUAAAACCAACACUCAUCGCCGUUCCGAGGGGGAACCCGAGAUGUGCGCUACCUGGAUGUCUGUUACCAGCUUGCUGAAGUCAAAUUUGUGACCGUGGACGUUUCCAACUGUCUGAAGCAUAAAAACUUGCGGUCGCCACACACGUGCGCCCAAGGAACCAUGGUAGUCCUUGUAGCGGCUUGUCAGCCCAUCUCAUUCCAGGAUUUUAGAAGCCUUUAGAGGCCACAAUCGGGAAGACCCUUGGCAGCCGACACACUCAUAUGCAAUGGAAGAAGACAUUGAUGUCACUUUCCACCUUGAGGGCCAAAAUGGUUUGUCUCCUGAAUGUAAAUCAUCAGAGGAGACCACCAAUGGACACUCCAACCAAAAGCCUGUUAUGAAUGGGUUGAUCAUCAGUCAUAGUGUCAAAGACCACACCACCAACGGUUGCACCCUUCUCACCUCCCUGCCGAUUUCAACCCUGAAGCAGAAUGGCCUCCUGCAGGCUCUUGCAGCAGCAGAAGGGGACCAGACAAAACCUGAAGAAGAUCAUGUGGAGUUGGAAAAGGCCAGAGAGGAAUGGGAAGCUUUGGAGAGCAUUCAACCAGCUCUGACCGAAGACUCAAUCCCAACACCGCUCAUUUCUUUCAAUGAAGCCCUUCAGUACUUUCAGACUACAGAUCUCGGGGACCUGCUGAAGAACAUCCAGCCAACGAUUCGCAGGACAGGUCUGGCCGCCGUCACACAUUUCCUUUUUGGGCCGCCCCGACUGCACAGGGAACUCACGGAGGAGCGGGAUCUCGUCUUCGCUAUGGCGCAAUGCCACGUGGACAACAGCCAGAGUGUCCACAUGCGUGUCCUCCAGACCAUUUAUAAAAGGCUGAUUGGCUGCAGACUGGACUGUCCUCGCUAUGGGACACACUGGGAAAACAUUGGCUUUCAGGGUACGGACCCAGCCACUGACCUGCGUGGGACUGGUUUCCUGGGACUCAUGCACACUUUGUACUUUGUGAUGGAUCCAGAGACCCUGCCGUUGGCUCGAGACAUCUACAAGUUAUCCCAACACCCUACACAGAACUUUCCUUUCAGUGUGAUGUCAAUCAACAUGACCCGCAUCGCUCUGCAGGUGCUCAGAGAGGAGGCCUUGUCCAAGGAGUGCAAUCGCCGGCAGCAAGUGGUGGGCGUGCUGAAUGAAUUUUACGUGGCCACGUAUCUGCACCUGUACCAAGUGUGGAAGAGCCAGCAGAAAACCAUUGCUGACUCUGGCUUUGUGAUUAAAGAAGUGGAACUCUUCGCCAAAAAGAACCCAAAGCAGAUGCUUCGCCGACUGGAGGUCUUCCUGAAAGAGAGACGGGGGGGCGGCGUCCCCCGAGGGACGUCGCCAGAGCCGCCGGCGCAGCAGCCCUCGCCCGGCCAGGACGAGCGGGCGGCCAGGGCGGGGGGCAAGGCGAAGGAGCUGCACUUCACGGGGGUGUGCGAGCUGCCAUCUGACAUGGAGGGUGACGCCAGAAUCAUCUAAGCUUACACAGAGCUAGAUGAAGAACACACUGCAAUCUGAAUCUGUCCAAUAUGUUCCCCCCCCCCCCAACCCACCACCCCCAACCAUCCUCUGAUGUUGGGGUGCUGCACUUUGCUAAGAUUUGUCGUUUUUAUGUGGUUGAUCAGAGCUAUAUUGUUUGAAUUAUUUAUUUGAACACAGAACACUCAAAUGGCGCUUUUACAGGAUGUCCCAAAACGAGAAAGUGAACAUUUGCACUUUUCUUCAAAUUUAGUACUCAAAUUAUAAAAAAAAAAUAUAUAUAUAUAUAUAUAUAUAUAUUGUGGUCACAACUCCACCCUUGCGGAGUUUGUCCCCCUCAGCCAGCUUCUUUUGGCAUCAGAGGUGACACGAGGGCUCCCUUUCGGAUCGACUCCCCCCAGUGUAGCGCGGAGGAUUUAUCAAUGCGGGGUCAUAAGCGGCGGCGUGACGCUCGGAUCGGGUCACGUGGAUCAGGUCCAGAAAGCUUCGAGCGGGCUUCGUGGUCGCUUGCCUUCAGCUAUCGAUCCCUUCGCAUGCUCGGUCGGGAGGUUGAAGAUCAAACUCAAAAAUGUAGAAAAAGAAGGGGAGUCAAAUCUCCAUUCGUUUGCGCUAUAGAAAUAAAUAUGAUUGACCAAGAAGAAAAUGUAUAUUUUACCUGCUUUUUUUUUUUGAAGAUAACCUUAAGAAAGAUUUCACAGAAGAUACAUUCUCAGCCUUUCGUCGUUAAACUUAAGCUGAAGGUCUAAUAUAAGCUUUGUGGACAUUCCGUCGGUAAGUGUGUUUUUUUUAUAGUUACAAUUUGUACGUGUGAGCGAGCGCGUGGGAAAAUGAUUGAGCUGACGUCGACGAGGUGCAUCUCGUGCGUACGGUACAGUAUGCAAUUGCAGCUCGCGCUCGAUGAUAAUCAAAAGUGUGACGAUGAGACAUCGUUCCGAACUUCAGGGCUCGUGUGUUUGCGCAAGUGGACGUCUUUGUGUGACUUUUGUCCGCGAGAGCGGAAACGCGUCCUAGUGAAGACAUUUCACGUAAAACUGGUGACAGGUUUUUUGUUUUUUUCUCGCUGUCACGGCGUCUGCUUUAGUUCUUCUUUACGAUUAGGAUGUUAAAGGGGAAUUCCGGUGGUUUGGAUUAACAAUGUAUCCAAUAGGUUAUGGAAUAUGUACUCUAGUUUGACGAUGUGAUGUUCAAUCCUCUCUCAUUUAAUAGUGUUUUGAGAAGAUUUUUGUCGACAAUUACGAAAUUUCAGGGACGCUGCCAUUUUCGCGAGUCACAUGAUGUACGUGGGCGUAUGUAACGCGUACUGGCUCGAUUACAUGCCCAGUGCUGAUUUCUUAGAUUUAUCAUCUGAUGAAGAAAUAGAAGUAUCGGUUGAUCAGAAAGACGAAGGAAUACUUCCUUACAGAUUUGAACCUGUG